AAACCCAAGGGUGGGAGGGGGCGGGUCAAAAAACCCCGAAAACCAAUAACAGAAGAGAGGUGAGUGGCCACAAUAUGAGCCGAGCGAGCUUCCAGCAUCCUGUACCCCAGAGGUGUCAGUGACAUGCAGACAAGCAGCGGCUGGGUACUUUAAAGAACACUUUGUUGCACUGGUGGUAUAGUGGUGAGCAUAGCUGCCUUUGAAGAAUACUUUGCUUAUAUUUCAAGCUCCCACUCUGGGAUAACAAACUUCAAAUAGUAUUUCCUAAAGGAGAAUGGUAAAAAUGUGAUCAUCAACUAUUAACCACACCUCCCUCAAAACUCAGUGAAAAUUACAACCUUCCAUCUUUCUUUAAUAGUAUUUAGAAUGAGUUAGUUCCCGGCUGAGCUUUCUGCUUUCAAGUCUGUAACUAAAGUUCUCUAAGUUAAAUAUAUCCUUUUUUGUACCUGCAUAGAUACCAGAAUAAGCAUAGUUUUAUACAUUAUUCUAAUAUAUUUAAUAGCUGUUCUCCUUUCUUACAGCAUAAAACAUAAAUGCAGACACCCAUGAAAACCAGAAAGCAUACUGUGACCAUUAAGAACACUAAGGCUAGACAACAGGGGACCACAGACAUCAACUCACACAACCAUGGACGAAACUGACUUUUCAGAAGAUACAACCUGUAAACAGGAAGACUUGCCUUAUGACGGUGAUCUCUCCCAGAUGAAGACAUGCAGUUCUUACAAGUUUGCCUCAAAAAAUGCCCUUAAUGUCUCAGAUGAAGUGGUUAUGGCAGAAGACUCUCUAGGAAAGGCUACAGGUCAAGAGACUUGCCACAACACAGCUGUGGCUGCGAUAUGGGAUAAGAUGAAUGAAAAUGUCAACACCAGAAGCAAUAAAGAGAAACAAGGAACCUUGACUUCUUGUAUUCCAGCAAAUAGAGGAGAUACUGCAAAGCCAAACAUUUCAGAUAUUUUAUUCCCUCAUCUCUCCAAGGAGCAGUGCUUAAGGGGUCGAGGCACUGACUGUGAAACUCUCCCAGAGAUUCCUAAUGCUGACAAUUUAGAAGAAGCAGCUAUUGUUAAAAAUAGCAUUUCACAUUGUGUUAAGAGUUAUCGCCCAAAAACACUAACCCCAGAAUUCACUGACCAACCCAGCCCCCAGAGUGGUGCAAAGAACAGCAAGAAUCCUAGUUGUUCUCCAGGGACUACAGAAGAAAAUACCUCCAAUUUAGAAGACCAAGUGGCUGCCGGAGAGAGCCACCACCAAGAAGAUUCAAACUUUCUAAGUAGAAUUAAAGGUUCAGGUGAUAAACAAAAAAAUUGCCUGUGUCAGACAACUCCAAAACAGCUGACUGAAAAAGCAAGUUCAAGCAAUGCGUUCAAAUAUAGCCAAGGUCAAGUUCUUUACCAGCUCUCAGAUUUCUCUGAGAUUGCUCUGAAAGUGAAAAUCCCCAGAAAUAACAUAAGUAAUAAGCCAAUUACAAUAGCUAACCAAGUCAGCUUUUCUCCUACAUUGAGAAAUAAAUCAACAAUUGCACAAGACAUUUUAGAAAUCAAGUCCAGGUCAAAGUAUGUUGAAAAACAAGCAUCAGAGCAGAAAAGGAAGAAUAUCGAAUCUUCACAACCAGUACAGAUGGAGCCUACCAUACAUAUCCGUCAAGAACAACUCACAGGAAUAGAAUCUGAGAAACAUCUCUUGAAGCAGACACCAACAUCUCUGAAAGAUUCAUCUUCAAAUUCUUACAUAUUCAAGAUAUCCCAUGGCAAACAAAUGUGUCAGAAGUUAAAAGAACAGACAGACCAACUGAAGACUAAGGUACAAGAAUUUUCCAAAAGAAUAAAACAGGAUUCUUUUUGUUAUUUGCAGGACGGGAGGCUGGUUUUGGAGCAACUGCAAGGAAACCUUGAAGCGCUGGAGCAGGAGUUUCUGGCCACCAAGAAGCAGCAAGUCCUGAGGCAUAAAUCCUCAGCAGAUGAUGACUUUGAUCCGCAAAAAAAAGUGGAAGGUAAAAUCUUCAAGUUGGAGAUGCUACUUGAAGACAUUAAAGAAAACAUGGGCAGCAAGUGCACCUCAGCUCCCUCCAUUCCUGGGCGCUUUCCAGCCGCCCUGGGUGUUGCAGCACCCAUCUCCUCUUCAGCCUCAAAAGGUCAUAGAAUGACCAAGGAGCAAGCUGACUGCUUACCAGGGCCCCAGGGCUCAUGCAGCCGAGCAGUGACAAGGCUGCCACGGGCAGGGCCACAGGAGGCCACCUCCAGAGAGCUCAGCAAGCUGGCCGAGGCAAUGAAACAAAAAAUGGAGAAAAAGGGCUACAGAAGGACCACCUAUGGGAAGUUUUCCAUCACUACCCAUGAAAAGGGACUGCACCAAGAUUCAGCUUUUGUCACUCUCCUCUCCACACAGUUUAUGACUGUACCCAACCCUGCCCUUUUGUUGUGUAUCUUGUGCUUUUCAGGUUCUGAUCCAGGACUCAGCUUCUGCUCGCAUUCUGGUCCUGGGCUGCAGAGUAAAUGUGUGGACUGUGGCACUAAGAUCCGCAACUCCCAAAGAGUCAGCAGUGAAGGACCACUGAAAAAAUUUCAUUAUAGAUAUGACACUGCAGGGCAGAAUUACUUAAAUCAUAAUGGAAGAGAUGCCUUUGCUCAGUCCCACUUUUUACAUGAAAAUAAAAAAUCUUCAUCUUGCAGCGCACUCCCAGGGCCCUACUCUUCCCACUGCAUCACACUGCCAUUUCCUGCCCGAUGGUUUUCAGGGGUUCCUGAUGCCAAAUGCCUGCAAGAUGGCUCCAAUGUAAAAAACUGUAGGACUGUGCUGACCCAGAGCUCAGACCCUGCAACACCCUCAUCCCACUUCCACUUCUACAGAAUUUCUGGGAUCAAAUCCUCACGUGACUGUAUUAGCACAGAAGAAACAGAAUCUAAGAUUUUAAACUCGGCUCUGGAUCAUGCCCUAAGGACAGCAACCAUGUUGAAAAAAAUGACCGACCAAAUGAUUAAAGCUAUUGCAGAAGAUCUUGCCAAAGCACAGAGAUGGAGGAGCCGAGUGACAUACUAGUUCAAUUCAAGGCAACCAAGGGUUA